AUGUCCACGCUAUUUCGCCUUCUGGAUCACGGCGAACUCCACUUGCAGGAGUGGUUCUCGCUGCUUACAGUCUUUCCACCACGAGAUAGUAACUCAAGCAUGGCUUCUUUCUUUCCAACUCCACCUCGCCACCUCCGACACUUCCUUUCAUCAGGGAUAGGUGACGACCCCCAACUUCACAACCUCUCUGCUAAAGUGAUCCAUGCACAUAUACGACCGCCCCUUGCACAAGUACCACCUCUUUUCCCACAAGUUUUGCCUGCACAUUGGCGUCAAUUUUGGGAGUCGAAUCUUCCUCUUAAGAUGUAUACAAUUUGGUGGCAAUUGAUGCAUAACAAAGUCUCAAGCCAACAGCAACUUUUCAAUCAUAAUUUUACUGAGGUGGACGACCCUCCCAGUGUUCUAUGUGGUGUCCUUGAAGAUAAUGAACACCGUUUCUGA